AAAUCAAAACACAAACUGUGUGAUAAGAAAAUGAACUGGAUACUGAAUUAGUGGAUAAUUUUUUUUAUUUACCUAACAUUUAAGUCAUUUUACUAUGAAUAUCGUUCGGGACCGUCCCGUAAACACGUAUUUAAUGUAUCCGACGGUGUGUGGAGCUAUGUAGGUCAUUGGAUAUUUCAUCGGCAGACUCUGUUGCAUUCUGAAAUGACACGAUGAGGAUUGCAGUUCAUGUGUAUCCAACAUGUUAAACGGUCAUGGGAGAAAUGUCUGUCAUGUUUCCGAAGGAAUUGUUGGCAAUCGCCUUGUUGUUGAAUGCUGUUCGUUCAAACGACGUGCCUUGCGACAAGUCCCGGACCAUCUUAUCACAAGCUAAUGGAAUCAUCACUCAUGGUCCACCAGGAACAAAUUACUCACAGAACACUCACUGCGAAUGGUUGAUUAAAGCAAAUAGUACAAAUCAGUUUAUUACAUUGGAGUUCAAGACUCUAAAUACAGAAUGCUCUUAUGAUUAUGUAUUCGUUUAUGAUGGAGAUUCAUUUAAUUCACCUCUCCUAGGAAGUUAUAGUGGAAAGAAUCAACCUCAGUCAAUAUUAGCAUCAUCAGGUUUUAUGUUAAUAUUGUUAUUCAGUGACACAAAUUAUGCAUUAGAGGGUUUUGAAGCUUCCUAUUAUGUAUCUGAUUGCCCAAGAAAUUGUUCAAGUCAUGGAUUUUGCCUUCGAAAUUUUUGUGUAUGUGAUAAUGAAUGGGGGGGUCCUGACUGUGGAACUGAACUAUGUCCCGAUAAAUGUGGUGAACCUAACAGAGGAAUGUGUAAACAAGGUCGAUGCCAUUGCCUACAAAACUAUUCGGGAAUGGGUUGCACAUUGAAUAGUUCUGAUUCUACAGGAAAUAGAUGGCAUGAUUUAUAUCAGGGAGGCAUACAUCCAAGAGCUGCUCAUUCAGCUGUAUAUAUUUCUGAGGUUGAUUCUUUAUAUGUUUUUGGUGGAUAUGAUUUAAAUAAUAUUCUUGGUGAUCUUGUUGUAUUUCGGUUUAAUACUUCCAUGUGGUAUGAUCGAAAUGAUAAUGUUAUAGAUCCUUUACAUACAACAGUCAAUUCUAUUGGAUCAGCCACAAUAAAUGCUUUGAUGACUGCAAAGUUAGGUGACACAAAUAUUGGAACAAAUCGAUCUAAAUACUCAUCUUCUGAUAAUACUAGUCGUGUAAAUGAACAUAGACGGAACAAAACGUGGUCUGCUGUAUUACAUGAUAUUUUUGUAUCACUAGCAGACGAUUCAACAUUCCUUGAACAUCAAAAUGAUAAUAUUCGUCAUUCACCAUUUGAAUUUCCUUAUGAUGAAAACAAUGAACAUAUAAUAAAUGAAAUUAAACUAAAACGAUUACCAGCACCACGCUUUGGUCACGCAGCAACAAAAUACAAUGGAGGAUUUCUCAUGUAUGGUGGUAAAUUGAAAAAAGGUUUAUCUGGAGAAUUAUGGUUUUAUAAUAUAUAUACAAAAAAAUGGUUUUUACGAGCUCAACAUUCAAUAGUAAUUCCACCUGCUCUUACAAGACAUACUCUAACAUACGUUGAACAUACAAAUACUGUUUAUUUAGUUGGCGGUAGUAAUAGCAAAGGAUAUUUUUCUUCUAAGAUAUUUUCUAUUCAACUUAAUACAGACGAUGACAAUGAACAAUGGAAAGAAAUUAAACCAAGAGGUGGUAAAGAAUUAAAUUUUCGGGUGGCAGCUCAUUCGACAGUGUAUGAUAUUCGUUCUCAAUCUCUCAUUAUUUAUGGUGGAAUAGUCACAAGUGCAUCAUGGUUUUCAAAACUUAGUGAUCGUAUGUUUAUUUUUAAUAUACCAACACAGCAUUGGUCUGAAAUUAAAUAUCCAGCUUCAAAUGUACCCAAUGAACGAGCUUUUCACUCAGCAAAUAUAAUGGGAAAUUACAUUGUUGUUUUUGGAGGAUAUACACAUAGACAUGCCAAAGAAGAAAUUUGUUAUGACAAUGAGAUAUAUCUUUAUCAUCUUGGUUGCAAUACAUGGCUUAGUCGAGACGUCCUUGGUUUGUCUACAAAAGAGUUCACUCGUAAAAAAAUGUUUGGUGUAUUUGGACAUGGCUCUGAUGUUCGCAAUGGAAACACAUUACUUAUUGUUGGCGGUUAUCGCGGAAACAUAAACUCAGAUUUGCUAGCGUUUGUUUUACCACCAACAUUAGUUCCAACUGGAAAUGAUUCCUAUCACUUAGAACUUAUGUGCUUAAGACAUAAAGGUCUUCAAGAAUGUACAGCAAAUCCUGAAUGUGGGUGGUGCUCUUCUGACGAUACUUGCUAUGGACGCAAUGGGGGUAUUAAUUGUACAACUAAUUUACAAACAACCAGAUGCCCAGGUAUCUGUUCUGCAUUAACUGAUUGUCAUUCGUGUUUAAUUCAUGGGGAAAGUACACCUUUUAACAAUAAUCAAUCAACCACUUCAGUUGCCCAUAUUAUGCAAUUAGGUCGAUGUGUUUGGUGUAUACAAGAUGGUCGAUGUCAUCAUAAAAAUGAUAAUUAUGAGGUGUGUGGUCUACAUAAUAAUGUUUUUAAUGGUGGAGGAAUAGAAGUUGCUUAUCCAGACAAUUGUAGAGCUUUAGAUAGAAGAUCAGGAUUGACUUUUUUCAAAUAUUUACAUCCUGCAAAUUUUUCCCAGCCAGAUUUAGUAUCAGUAGUUAAUACUAGUAUCAUUGAUGUUUCUACCCAUUUACCUAUGUCACGGGCUGAUCUUUCAAUUGGUGGUACAAUGAUUGUAAGGCUUUCUGGAUUUUUGCGAUUUCCUCAAAUGUGGGACAAUCAUAAAGACCAACUACAAUUAUGCUCUCGAUAUACAAAUACACGACUUAUAAUGACAUCUCCAUAUAUGUACCAACCAGAAAUUAAUAUAACAUUAAAAGCUGAUGGAUGGCAAUGUUUACAACUUUCAUCGUGGUCUACUGAAGAUCAGCCAUUUCAUGCUCCUGAACGAUAUUUAUUAGAUUUAACUACUCAUAAAAAUAUAACAUAUUCUCAAAAUACUGGUUCUGCUAUUGUAGAAUUACAACACAACAAAGGACAUAAUAAUUCAAAGCCUUUUACAAUGGAGUAUCUAGAACCCUAUCAUAGCAGAGACAGCUCAAUAUGUGCUGGUUACCAAAGUUGUCUCAUAUGUGUUAGUGAUGCUAAUUGUGCAUGGUGUGAAUUAAAAUCAGUCUGUACUACAAGAAAUCAAACAGAUUCAAUUUUUUGUCAUAAUAAUAAUGAUAUUAAUGAAUGGAAGUAUCUUGUUAUAUCACCUCAGCUAUGUCCAAAUUGUUCUAAUCAUGUGGAUUGUGUUGAUUGUAUUCAAAGUGGAUAUUGUGAAUGGUGGAGCCAAGAAGCCAAAUGUGAACGACGUGGAAGAUUACCCGAUGGAGUAGUAUCUAUUGAUUCAUGUCCUAUCCCGUGUUCAAAUAGACAUUCAUGUUCUGAUUGCUUGGAUAACGGUAGAUGUGUUUGGUGCCGAGCAACAAAUGAAUGUUUCCAUUUUUCUGAAUAUACAUCGGAAUAUCAAUUUGGACGAUGUCGAGAAUGGAUUGAUAGAAGUGUCCAUUAUUAUGGAUCAGGACAGAUGCAAAUAGAUAAACCUAACUUAGCAUGUACUUCAUGUGAAAAGAGUAUGAAUUGUUCUAGUUGUCUAAAAACUCUUGGUUGCGGAUGGUGCUAUGACAGUGGUAACCCAAUUCAAGGGAUUUGUACAGGAGGUGAUUUUAGUAAACCAUUUAUAGGAACUUGUUCCUAUAUAAUGAACAAUAAUACCUAUGAAGAAGACUCAAGUUGGGCAUACGCACAAUGUCCAGAUGUUGAUGAAUGUGGUUUAGGACUACAUGAUUGCCAUAAAGAAGCCAAAUGUACCAAUACUCAAGGUUCAUAUAGCUGUCAGUGUAAACGAGGUUUUAUUGGCGAUGGAAAACAUUCAUGUACAAGAACGUGUUAUCAUAAAUGUCUUAAUGGCUAUUGUAUUGGAGCACCUGAUUAUACAUGCAAAUGUGAUCUUGGAUGGACUGGAGCUGAUUGUGCAAUUAACUGUGGGUGUAAUAACCAUUCAACUUGCAAUGAACGACCUGGUAUAUGUGAUCAGUGUCAAGAUUGGACCACAGGACAGUUUUGUGAAUAUUGCAAAGCUGGAAGUUAUGGUAAUGCAACAUCGUUAGAAGGAUGCCACAAAUGUGAUUGUAAUGGUCAUGGCGAUGAACAAUUAGGUAUUUGUGAUUCUAAUUCGGGUAAAUGUUAUUGUAAACAUUAUACUGAAGGAGAUAAUUGCCAAUUUUGCAAGAAAGGAUUUUUUGGAGAUCCAAAAAAUGGAAAUGUUUGUUAUCACCAAUGUAUGGCCAGGGGCAUUUUAUCUGGUAUGGGCCCUCAAGGUUUUGGAUCAAAAUCUGUAGAGAUUAGUGCUUGGGAAACACGCUUGGAAGGUCCACCAUCAAAAGAAUGUCUCUGGAUAAUUGAUCCUGAAAACAUGCGAAAUAAUUCAACUGCAAUUGGAUCUUAUGUGAUACAGUUAACAAUCGAUAAUGAUAUAAAUGUCCCAUGUGGUAUGAACAGUGUUUAUGUGUAUGAUGGUCUACCAAAUUUUGUAUCUAUGUCAAGAACACACCCAGCUCAUUCCCUUGGUGUAUUCUGUACUAGAGAUUCUCAGUAUCCUUUAACCAUAGAAGGAGUUACUGGUGUGAUGACUGUAUAUUACAAACAAUCUGAACCUACUGAAGGGUUUAAUGCUACGUAUGUAGUGUUUAGUUGCCCAGACUUUUGCCCCCCAAACCGAGUAUGUCAUCAUAACCGUUGUGUAUGUCAAAAAGGAAGUACUGGAGUAUUUUGUCAGGACAUAAUAUGUCCAAAUGAUUGUAAUCAUGCCAAAGGCCAUGGAAAAUGUGAUCAUGAAUAUGGUCGUUGUAUUUGUGAAAGUAUUUAUGAAGGAGAAGAUUGUUCAAUUUUAGUUCCUAUAUCUAGUCAUUUGCGGCAACCACUUAUAUUUACAGAUCUUUUUAAUUCUGCUCAUGUAUCAGAAAAUUUAGAUCACUUGCGUCAAACAUUGCCUCGAUUUGGGCAUUCAGUGGUUGCUACAAGGCGAGGUCAAUUGUGGUUAUUUGGUGGUUAUUCAUUAUCACAUGGCCCUUUAAAUGAUAUUCGUUUAUUUGAUUCUAAAAACAAUUCUUGGAUGCAAGUCACAGUAGAUGGUACAAAUGAUGCUCACAUGCCAAAUGGGAGAUAUUUCCAUGCAGCCGAAAUAGUACAUUCUCGAAGGGAAAUAUAUGUUUACGGUGGUCUAACACAAAUUCAAACUGCUUAUGGUCGUUCUACAAAAUAUUCAAUGAAGAUUUUAUCAGACUUUUGGAAAUUUAGUUUAAAAGAUCAAAGAUGGAUAGGCAUACAAACAGAAUUAGAUCCUCCGCCAUUGGCUGGCCAUACGCUAACAUUAAGAUCAGUUGGUGAUAAAGAAAGUCUUAUAUUAAUUGGAGGUUUUAGUCCAGAUAUGGGCUUCCUUGAAGAUGUUUGGGAGUUUGAUAUGCAAACAGAGGUUUGGAAAAAGUUUAAGACAAGUGGCUAUGGACCAGCUGGUAUUUAUGGACAUAGUACUGUAUAUCAUGGACCAACAGAUAGUUUAUAUGUAUUUGGUGGAUAUAUUUAUUCUGUUAAUCAAACAAUAAUGACAGAUAAAUUAUUUGCACUUAACUAUGAAUUUCAAAUAUGGACUAUUUUACCUAUUUUCAAAGACUAUAAUCCACCAAAAAAUAGUCUACCAAGGGGACGAUUUUUACAUUCAGCUAUUACAACUGAUGAAUAUAUGUUUGUUUUUGGAGGAAGGACUGAUCCACCUAGUACAAAUGAUACUCUAAUAGCUUACUCAUAUGCGUGUAAUCAAUGGAUACGUUUAUUAACUCCAGAUAUAUUUAUUAUUGGUUUGCCACCACCACCUACUCAUGCUCAUGCAAUGACGUUAGACUUAGAAACAAAGUCAAUGUAUAUUCUUGGUGGUUUUGCUGGAGAUAUACAAUCUCGUGUUACACGGAUUCAAUUACCACAUGACCUUUGUAAUUUGUGGUCUGGUAAACGAGAUAAAUGCAGAUCACUGGUUGGAUGUUCAUUUUGUCAAGUGAUAGGAACAAAUGUUAGUUAUUGUUUUACUCAUCUUGGUCCAGGCUUUAAUCCUUGCGUAUCGACUAAUGGUACAUCACGAACAAAUAACGGAGUAUCUUGCAAUUCAAAUUGGAUAUCUAGUCGAUCUUGUGAACAGUACACAACAUGUACUGAUUGUUUGGCUACAUGGCCUAACAAUCAUUAUGAAAACUCAAAUGUUUGUUCGUGGUGUGCAAAUUGUGGUACUAAAGGUCAAUGUGUUAAAGACCCUUCCAGCUGUGAUAAUCAAUGUAAAACAGUGACAAAAGUAGAAAUGUGUCCAAAUAUUCAAUGUAUGGCUACUAAUUGUGAAAAAUGUCAUCAGCAAGGAAAUUGUUUAUGGACUAGGCAAAUGCAUACAUCUGAGUUUGGAACUCUUUCAACUAGUGGAUCGUUAUAUGAUUGGAGUUGCUCUAGUCUUGAUCUCAAUCAAAGAUCAAAUAUUAAAAUAAAAAAUUCUUCCAUUUGUCCAGAGCGUUGUUCUGCUCACAAAUCUUGUGAAACAUGUUUAUCAUCUCAAGGUGGUGAAGGAGGAUGGCAUGAAUGUCGCUGGUCAAUUACAUUAAAUGAGUGCAUUUCACCUAGUUAUCAGCCACUGUACUGUGCUGGAGGUGUUUGUGGACUUGUUCUUAGUGGUGGUAAUAUAGAUCGUUGCCCUCAACCUUGUUCUAGUUAUACUCAAUGUUCAACGUGUCUCCGCCAUACCCAUUGUGGAUGGUGUGCUUUAGAUGUAUUAAACAAAACUGGACAAGGAAUUUGUACGGAAGGUUAUAUGUCUAGUCCAGCUUCUGGUCCUAACCAUUCAUGUCAGGAAUUACUUCAACAUUUAAAUACUGAACCAAAAAUGGCAGCUUAUCAUAACUUAGAAUCUCAUGAUUUCAUUUAUGGAAUAGAUGAAGCACUUUCAUUAUCUACAGAUGUAGCUUUAUUAAAUAAGGACUUAACUUUAAAUGAUUCUGUAUCAUGGUAUUAUAUAACAUGCCCACCGGAAAAUGAAUGUGUGAAUGGUCAUCAUAGCUGUAAUCCAGAAAGUGAAGAAUGUGUUGAUCUUGCUGAUGGAUUCCAUUGUGUUUGUGGCAAUGGUUAUCAACCUGAUGAUAAUUCUCAAUGUAUUCCAAUUUGUACACAAGGCUGUGUUAGAGGUGAAUGCAUAAAACCAGAUGUUUGCCGCUGUGGUUUUGGUUAUGUUGGUUCCAAUUGUACUAUACAAUGUGAAUGUAAUGGUCAUUCUGAUUGCGCUGGACCUGAUCGCUUAACAGAAUGUUUGAGUUGCAAAAACAACACUCAAGGACCACAAUGUCAACGGUGUAAACUAUUUUAUGUUGGUAACCCAGUAGACCAUGGUCAAUGUGUUCCAUGCUCAGAUUACUGUAAUGGGCAUGCUCAAGUAUGUGUUGAUAAAUAUGAUACUGAACCAUUUGAUGCUCUAAGUAUUUUAAAUGAUCCUAAUACUAAUCUUAUGCAAAAUGAUGGCCCUCUUUCUGAUGCAUAUUGCAUUAAUUGUAUGGACAACACAACCGGUCCUACAUGUUCUGGUUGUUUACCUGGUCAUUUUCGAGGCUCAAAUGAUAAUCGAGAUCCUUGCAGACCUUGUGAAUGUCAUGGUCAUGGGAGUACUUGUGAUCCAGUUACUGGGGAAAAAUGUGAUUGUCAAAAUAAUACUGAAAGUGACACAAACUGUCAAUCGGGGGGUGUACCUCAUCAUCGGUCUUUAAAAAAUACUGUUCAGCUUUGUUGGAUGCAACAGUGUUCAAAAUGCAAAGAAUCAUACAUGGGAACACCGACUGAUGGUCAUCAAUGUUACAAACAAAUGAGUGUAGACUUAAGAUUUUGUCUAGAUGCCAAACUGCUUGAUGAAUGUAAAACAAAACCUACUCCACUUUAUCCAGGACAGACGUCAUUUUUCGUUGUUCAACCACGUUUUAUGAAUGUUGAUAUCAGAAUCACUGUUGAUAUAACACAAGGAGCUGUCGAUUUCUUCUUAACAUCACAUGAGGAUAUUUUUAUAGUUACUAAAAAUAAAUCACUCAAUAGAAAUGUUUUUGAUUUUGAUCCAAAGUUUGAGUGGUUGAGUGAAAUGGAAACAAUGGAACGUAUGAGUAGCAACUCAAAUUCUUCAAAAAGUAGAAAUUUAUUUACAUAUCAAGAGCACAAAACCAAAGGUUUGUCUACAUACGUGACAUUUAAAAAAAGUAUGUCUCUGUUGAUGGUAAAAAAUGUCAACAAUAGAUUGAUCAUUACACUUCCACAUGACAAACAUGAUCUAUCAGCAACAAGAUAUUAUAUGGCAUUGUUAGCAAUCUCAUCAUUACCUGCUCAAGCCACUCAUUUAGUACCUGUCCCAACAUACGGAACAGUGUUCUUUAGACAAGACCAACUUCAUAUUGAUCUCUUCGUGUUCUUCUCUGUAUUUUUCUCGUGUUUCUUUUUGUUUCUUGCCGUAUGUGUUGUUGGAUGGAAAGCAAAACAAGCAGCCGACAUGAGACGAGCCCGUCGCCAACAGGUUGUGGAGAUGUUGCACAUGGCCAAGAGACCGUUCGCGUUCGUGGCUAUCGUGCUGAACUGCUCCUCGCCCCAACAGCAGACAGAAACAAACAACAGCCAGGGGGUUCGAUUCGGUGACAUCAGGCCGCUGGCGAUCGAACCGACUAGUGACGCAAAUGCGGCGGUCACCACUCUGCUGAUUAAACUUCCGGAUCGCGGUAAUCAAUCGGCGGGCACGAGGCUGGCACUCGGCUCCACGUUAGUGUUGAACAUGCUUAACCCAAGAGGUGGUUACGCUUCUAACGCGCACCGGCACCACCACCAUCACCAUCACCACCAUCACAACAAUGCAGCCGGUCCUAGGCAAAGGAGGAACGCACCCCAGUGAUCGCCACGGUUAAUCGUUAUCUCUAAACAAUUGUAUAAAUAUCGUUUGAAAGGUAUAUCAUAAGAUUGUGGUCGCAAUAACCCUAUUUUAUUGUUUGCAACAAUAAUAAUUAUUUGUUGUAACAUAACCCGCAAUCAUUUAGACCGCAAUCUCUGAUACAAGUCUCUGAUAGACUAAUAUGAGGGCCAUGUAUCCAAUCGCAAUUUCACCCAUGACCGAACGCAUUUAAUUUUAGCACCCUUGCAUAAUAAUUAUUCCCUAAUGCAUGCAAUAAAUAGUACAUACCAUAUUUAUUAUUUAUAAGUAGAUAUUUGUGGGUAAUGAAACCUAAUAAUCAUUUAAUUGAUAUUCCACUAAUUUAUUUAUAAGUUUAAUUUUGUCAAUUGAUAUUUAAUAAUAAUUUAUUUAAACUUUUUGGUAGCUAUCAUUAACCCUCCAUCAACUCUAUAAUAAUUUUUUUAUCCUUUUAUAUUUAUUAUUUUUAUAAUGUUAAGUUAUUGUAUCAUUUAAUAACUGAGUCUUUCCAAUUUCCAUGAUAAAUGAACUGAAUGAUUUCUGAUUGCUUUUUAUAUUAUUACUAUUAUUACCAUGAUUAUGAUUUUAUCAUAAAAUUACACUAUAUUAUUUGAUCUCUUCAUAAUGAUUCGUAUAUACUAUUAUAUUAUUAUGUUAAUGUAAAUAAAUCAGUAUAAUUAAAAGAGAUAACAAAUUAAAAUUAUUAAACACUUGAUUAAAUGUUAAACAAAUAAAUGUUAAGCAAUCAUUUUUUUUUGUCCAUAAUCCAAUAUUUGUGUGAAACUACUCACAAAAGUGAAUAUUAAAUACCUUUAAAAAUAUCACUAUUUCAUUAAUUAUAAAUUUUGAUUUUAAACUGCAAUGUUCUGGCAUCUUAAAAAAUCAGUUAAAUAAAUCAAUUAAAAAUUAGUUGAUGUUUAAAAGGGUCCACACUGUAACAUCUGAUUUGACAAACUAAAAUUUUUGGUUAAGUGGAUUCGAUCCCUACGCUAUGUUUUCUUACAAAAUAGAUCUAUCUAUGCCAAUUGUAUUGACAAUUCUAGAGAUUGAUUAAGACACAAAAAAAAUAUUUGAAUUUGUCAUUAAUUUUUUUUUUUGCAAACGAUUUUUGCAUUUUUUGAACACUUAAAAUCCUUUUUAAACUCUUCAAAGUUAAAUUUCUAAAUUUUGUACCUACAUUAAGAAUUUCAAAAAUAUUGAUGUUAAAAAUAAAUUCAAAUUUGUAAGAAAUUUUUUUUCAAAUAAAUUUAAUUAUAUUUUUAGAAAUUGUAUUGGAUUACUAGAUUAAGAUACAAUUGGCAAAAUAUUAAUAUUCUUAAACAAAAAAUACGUACUGUUUAUAAUAAUUAAUAAAGUAAUGUAUAGAAUUUGUUUGAUAUACUUUUCAUAUAACUAGAAUCUCAAAUCGUGCUGUGUUUCUUUAUACCUACUGGCUACUGUGUAACUUUGGCUCAAAUUAUAAUACCAACUGAAAUUAUGUACAAUUGUGCACAACUUUUUUCUGUGGUUAAAUAGAUUUUUUUUCAUUUUAGAUCGAUGAAGGAAUUAUUAUUAUUUAUGAUGUCACAGUUAUAUUUAAAGAGUUUUAAUGUGUUAUACUACUUAUACCUACUCUAAAUUUCUAACUGAAUGAUUUACGACUGUCAUUAUCGUUUUGUCUCAUGCUGAUCGCUAUAAUAUAUGUUUAUUUUUUUGUUCCUUUUUCACUUUAAGAGUUUAUUCUUUUUUUGGAAAUAUUACAUAGAUAAUUGUUUGUUGUGAUUUAUGAUUAAAAAAAAAACUAAAAAGUACCUACACGCAAUUUAAAAGAUCAAAAUGGUUAUUAAUAUAAUUGUAUUGGUAGGAAGUCACUAUCUAUAGUGUACUCAGUUAACAAUAGAAACAAGCAACACAUUAUCCUCUAGUUUCAUUAUUUAUUAUUAACAUUAUCGUCUUUAGUAAGUUCAUCACAAAUUCAAAACCAAAAAAGAAAGAACGUAGGUAAAAAAUAAGUAUUCUAAAACUUAUCAAUAUAGUUGCUAAGUCUGUGAAUUCAUAGUUUCAUACGAAUCAAACAAAAUAUUUACAUGCCUACUUAGCAAAAUAUAUAAUAUUAUAUACCUCAUUAUAAAAAACAAUAUUGUGAUAAUCGAAUUGACCAAAUUAAACGGCGUUGGUCCGUUUUAUUCACGUGUAAAUGUGUAAUCUACAUGAUCUAUCUCUUAUCUUCGUAUAUAUAUAUAUAUAUAUAUACUUUGGCGGCUUACGUUAUAACUUAUAAAUCAUGAUAACAUUAUAUAAUAUAUAUAUAUCGACAUUUUAGGCACAUAGUACGAAGUUUAAACGAUAGCCGAUAGGUAAUUACUAAUAAAUAUUUAUUACAAAAACAUACGUGUGAUCAAUUGUAUUUACUCGCCUACUCCCGUAUAAUAUAUUAUAGUAUAUUUUUGUAGCUCUGUAUAUAAUUCUAUAGUUGUAACCAUUCCUAAUCUAUAUAAUAACAGUAUAGAAUAUAACAAAAUAUAGACUUAUGUCAGUCAAGAGUGUAUCAGUACGGCUUCGGGUGUUUCCUUUUAAAUAUAAUUUCUUUCUUCAUUAAUAAAAAUAAAAGCCAAUAAACUUACGAUAAUCGGAUACAUUAUACAGGCAGAAAAAAGUAUUGAUAAUAAUAUUCAUAGGCACCCAUCAUCUGAACUUGUAUAAAAAAAGUUUUGUAUGGAAUGAAACAAUGAAAUUUGCUGUUUUUAUUUAACAAAACUGAACAAAUAAAUUCGAUUAUUUGAUGCUUCAAUGAAAAGAGUAUUUUCUUUUGUUUUUAUUUUAAUAAGUCUUGAAAUUUAUAUCAAGUAAAAAAUGUGAAACCUCCCCGAAAAUGUUAUCUGGCUACGCUCUUGAUGUGAAUAAUUACUAUUAUACUUUCUUUUUGUCUUUUGUCUAGUAUUAAUUCCAAAAUGUCUUCUUCUUUCAAUGUCUUUUUUACUAUAACUUGCAUCCAUAUCAUAAAUCUAUAGCUUUUUUUCAUUUAUAUAUUAUUAUUUAUUAUUUACCUAUGUUUACAAUUAUUAUAACAUAAAUCAAUAAUAUUUAGCUGAGUGUACCUUGAUGCAGAAAACUACCUACCAACCUAUAUUUUUAUUUGUAUAGACGUAAUUUUACCAAUAGACCAUUACAAACCAAUAAAUUGGUUAACCCAUUCGUUAAUAAUAUAUGUUACCUUAGCUUUUCUCUUACUACCUACUUAUAAUUUUAUUGGCUAUUUUCUUAAAAACACAUAACAUAAUAACGACAAUUUGUUUUUUUUUUCAUUAUUUGUGUGUAUUAAAAUGUUAAGUACCUUAUACAUAUUAUUAUAUAAAUAAUAAUACUAUUCUACCAAUACGUAUUAAAAAAAAAAUACCAUAUGCAAAAUAUAUAAUAUUUAUUAUAUUUCUGCUUUUAUAUUUAAUUUUAGAGUGCGUAUUGUAUUGUUAAACUUUUAGUGUAUAAUGUAUAUAUAUAUAAUGAACAAAACUUAAUUUUUAAUUUAAAUAUUUUCUAAUGUAGUGUUAUACUUAUGCAGAUAUGUGUUGAUGUGUUUGUUUUGUUAAUUUAUUAUUAUUGUUUAUUGGUUUUAUUUAUUUAUAUAUUUUUUUUUUUUUUUUGUUUGAUCAAUAAAAUGAUAUAACGUGAUAUUAAUAAAUUAUUAUUUGCUUUUCUUCUUAUUAUUAUUUUAUCUCGUGUAGUUGUGUGUAAACAUUAAUAUCCGUUAUAACACUUAUAAUAAAAUUAUUGUGAUAUGUAAUUAAAUGAAUUAUUUGAUAA